AUGAGGGCAAAAUCUAGAUUACAUUUUGGCUCUUUGGUUGAAUGCAAAUACAAAAUGUCCACCUUUGGUAUUUUGUCGGAGUCAAUACCACUAGAUGCCAGUGGAAACAUCAAUCUAGACCGACAGCUGCACUGGGUCCAAUUCUGUGCAAGGGAAGAACAGCCCGAUCGUCAGAUACCUUCAUCAGUCAGAGCGCUGGAAACUACCACUAUCUCCCCUGGUCAAAAUGACGUCCUGUUCACUGGUGGCAAAGUUGUCAACCAUGGUGGAAACGAACGCUAUCGAAGACUCAUUUUUUAUUUUAGUCAAGCUUACGAAUCUGGAACCGACGCAGCGAAGAGGCAGAUUGUCGGUGAAAUCAUUGAAAAGAUUCACGAGGAUGGAGGUCGCUUUCUGAGGCAGCAGGGCAAAGGUGCAAAUAAGUCUUGGGAGGUAGUUCCAAUGGAAAUCUUGCGGAAAAAGAUUAUGCAAGCUUUCCGCAAUCGUCGUCGCCGGCUAGAUGCUCAUUCUAAAGAGACAGCUAUCUUGAUAGCAGGCGAGCCACUUCCCCGAGACGUGAUCUUUGGUAGAGCACGAAAAAAUCCCGGCAGUGAGUUGUUACAACGUCUCAUAAAGGAUAAUUCUCAAGAAUACGAAUCUUUGAGUCGCGGUGUUAAGAUGCGACUUGUGGAAAGCAUAAUGAAAACUAUAAAAGAUCAAGGGGGUCGUUUCCUAGAGGAAGCAGCCGAAAAAGGUCGAUGGGUUGAACUGCCGAAUGACCAUGCAAGAGAGCGUAUCUCUACAUACUUUAGAAACUAUCGGAGGUUCUCCAAAAUGUAA